AGUCAUCAUUGAGAUUCAAGGUACAAAAUAUUAAAAGAUGACAGCGAUCUACGUGCUUGAAAUGGAAGUUACUGGUAUUCUUUCUUUAUAUUGCUGCGAUUUAAAGGUGGGGAAGUCUCCUCCUCACCACUUUUACUUGUACAAGAGUCAAUUUCACCGUUGGUGGGAUCGUCAAAGGCCGAAUAUAUUUGUAGUGUUUUAAUAACAGUGGUUUCACAUUGAAGAAAAAUAUUUUAAAAUAAUGAUAAAUUCUUCAGAUAAAUGCCACGCAAGUGAAUUCGUCGAUAAUCUUUUAAAUAAAGGAGGAACAAUACGCUGUGAUGAAACCAAUGAGGAAUUUAACAGAUUUGAAAUAUUACCGGAAUAUUUCGACGAAGAAAAAUUUAAAUGUGGGCAAAAUUUUUUUUAUAAACAUCUCUAUGCAAUGUUUUUCGCAAAAAUUCUUGGGUUAACAACAAUUCUUUCAGUACCCGAUUUAGCGCAAAUUUUAAAAUUUACUAAAAUGUCUAGUGAACCACUUUCCGCUUAUAAACGAUAUUUAUCAACCGUUUUUCAUAUGGUAGCUUGGUACGAUCAUGAUUUUCAACCAAAUUCAAAAGUUUGGAAAUCAAUAGAAAAAGUCCGCUUUAAACACAAUUCAGCAAGUAAAAGAUGUUGUUCGGCAGGUUUUUCAAGUAUCUCUCAAAAAAACAUGGCUUUAACCCAAUUCGGUUUUAUGGGAUUUGUUAUUUCUGAAACGGAAACUGUUGGAAUUUACAACGCGUCUAAACAAGAAUUGGAAGGUUUUAUUCAUAUUUGGAGAAUAGUAGGAUAUUUAAUGGGAAUGGAAGAUCGUUUUAAUAUCUGUAGGGAUUCUUUGGAAGAAACCAAAGGAAUUUGCCACGAAUUAAUUCGAAGGGUUUUUCGCGAAGAAGUCCGCCGACAACACCAGGAUUAUUUAAGUUUAACUUCGGCUUUAAUAAAUGGAAUGUGGUGUAUGAUGCCAGUUAUGAAUCAUCACGUUUUUUUGUAUUUUAUAAACGAAAUUGUUUGUAAAGAUAGAUAUUUACCAGAAAAUGGUAAUAAUAACGAAAUUAAUAAUGAUUUUAAACCCUACGUUUUAAAUGCGUUUCAAAAAUUUUAUUUAUUUUGUUUAACAACUUUUUUUUCUUUGAUGAGGUUUACUUUAUUUAGAAUAAUUCACGUUUAUAACAUGUAUGUUGUAUUUUGGUUAAUGCAUAACUUCCCAUUUUUAGCUUAUUAUAAAUAUGGAAAGAAAAAUUCUCACGUUGAGAUAUUUGAUUAAUUUUUUAUAAACAAAUUUGGGUGAAUAAAAUAAGAGUUCAAAUAUA